CCUUCGCAUUAUUGAUAUUUUUGGUCGGGGCUGUAGUCCGGAGGAAAUGGUACUGUCAUCGAUUUAGCUGUGCAGUGACUUGCUCGGUCGUAAAAGACUGAUUCUGAAACUGGAAAGGAUGCUUUUUCACAAGUUACUACUACAGUGAUCGCUCUUAUUUUUACAACCUUUCAGGACCACACCAAGCGUCGGUUUCUCGGAUUUCACAUGGAAGACUAUACUCAUCCUGUCGAUCCAGAAGAACAAAAAUUAAGACUACUUUCGCCUUACUAGCGUAGUCGUUCUGUCAAGCUGGUUUUGCCUUGCUAGCGUAGUCGUGCUGUCAAGUUGGUUUUGCCUUACUAGCGGAGUCGUGCUGUCAAGCUCAAGUUGGUUUUGCCUUACUAGCGUAGUCGUGCUUUCAAGUGACUCGGAUUGGGCCACGUAUAUAUGUAUAUGUCAAGUGACUCUAAGAAAAGCGUUGGCCAAGAUGUUCGACGCAGACGCCCUGUUUGAGCAAGUCCGCGAGGAGUUGAUAGAGGAGCUUGAGUAUCUUUUCGCGACUGGAAUGUGGAUACGAGAGGACGAAGACGAUAGCUGGACCCUUCCAUCCGAAUUAAGGCCUUGAGGAUCUUGAGAAGACUAGCUACCUCAGAAGAGUCUCUCGCAGAAGUUGUCUUUCUUACGCUAGAAAAGAAAAGUGAAACUGAAUAGAGAGGUAAUAUCCGUAUCAAACUUGUUAGCAUUUUAUAUAAGUAUUACCGAAGAUUUUUUCUGAUUGCUGCAGCUCUAAUUAGAUCUGCGAUAAAAUUUGUGAGAUUGUCCCCAACUGCACAGCGCCUUGUGGAUUUGCGCGUGGCUGAGGCAAAGCAGGACCCAAUUUUGGAUAUGACAAGUCAAGAGCGCAAGGACGAGGUUUUUGGUCGCAAACUUGCUGACCACAAGGCUUUCUGGUCAGGACUCAAGCAUGGGGUAGAAACAUCACAGGAGCCGCCGCUCACCGAGAAGCAGUUAGAUUUAUGUUGAGACAACAACAUUUUUACAGUUUCUUGAUCAUAAGCAGCUUUACAUUUUACUCCCGCAUGCUUUUCCGAUUCAUUGUGCUGUAGGUACUGUGACUGUGUAAAGUUGAACUUGAAGUUCUAACCCGGGAUAUCGUGAAAGUGGAAGACGAGCAGCUUGAGCAAUUGUUAGAGAACUCUUCCGAUAACGACACCGGUUCGGAGGGGCAAGAUGAUGGGUUGUCGGAUAUGCCGGAAUCAAUUUUCACAUGCUUUGAUACGGAU